GGAAGUGGGCAGUGAUUUACGGGAAGAGGCUCGGGUGGCGCCACCACCCUUUCUGGCUCCUCUCCCUCCCCUACCCAGCACCAUGGUAACCAGGGCUGGCUGCCCAGUGCCCUCUUGGGUGCCCACCCCAGCAGAGCCAGCUUUGGAGAGCCUGCAGACCUUGCUUCCUGGUUGGGAACCACAGUAGCCAGGGAAUGCGGGCAGGGCCUGGUCCUCGCUGGCUCCCUCAGCCCCAUCCAGCACCGGGUCCCUCCCACCCCACUGCAUAAUUGCCCUGCUCCCAAAGAGGGUGUGUGGACCGGGUGGGUGGCCGGGCAGCGAGGGAAGCGCGCCCUCCAAAGGGAAGCUUUCCUGGCUGCUGCCUGCCUCCACUGCUCAAGCAUUUACGAGCACAGACCUGGUGCCACGUGCGACGUCUCCCUAACAGUUCUUCUGUUUGCAGAGGGCAUCCUUUCGCAUCUUCUCCUGAGCUAAGUCACAUCACAUUUAUGACAGGUCGUGAUGUGCCCAUCUUUCUUUUUUUGGGGGAGCGGGUUCAGGGACAAGACUUACUUAUUAUUUUUGAAAGGCAGAGUAAUAGUGAGAGGAGAAACAGAGAGACAGAGAGCUCCCAUCUUCUGGUUCACUGCCCAAAUAUCCACAACAGCCAGGAUUGGUCCAGGCCAAAGCCGGGAGCCAAGAAUUCCAUCCGGCUCUCCCAUAUGGGUGACACGGGACCAAGUACUUGGGCCAUUUUCCUCUGAGUUCCCAGACAUAUUAGCAGGGAGCUGGGUCAGAAGCAGAGCCCCCAGGACUCGAACUGGUGUUCCAGUAUGGGAUGCCAGUGUCACAAGUGACGGCUUAACCCGCUACACCACAGCGCAGGCCCCGGUGUGCCCAUCUUACAGAUGGGAACACAAAUAUGGGAAGGAAAAAGUGGCACAGAGCUAACACCAGGCCAGCAGCCUCAAUGACCACGUGCAACCUGCCUAGGAGUGUUGUCUGCAGUAUCUGAUCUAGGGUAAAGAGAACAACUCACCCGUGAAGCAAAAAGACCGAGUGUGGGGAGCAGAUGAAGGUCACGUGACUGGUUAACCUUUACAGAGUGCCUUGUCUGUACCGGCCCGGUGUGGGAUAUCACACUGACUCCUACCCCAUGAGGUCGGUCCUAUUAGCAUGCCCAUGUGUGGGUGAGAAAACCGAGCCUGGGCAAGCCUCUGCAAAUGUCGUUAGAGCAGUGCUGAUCCCCUAGACGCUUCUGCAUUAGAGAACAUGUCCUGGAGGCCAGAGUUAGGAUUCGAAGCACUGUGUCAGGUCUCCCAGGCCUGCGGUCCUAACCACUGUGCUUCCUGUCCUGCUGCCUGCUACUCUGAAGAGGGUAAGGUGGAUUUGUGCUCCCCAGCUCAUGGGGUGGGUUCUGCUGAUGCCCCCCUGGGCAGGUCGAUGGGGGCGGGGUUCCCUUCCUCUGUUGACUUCCCACAUGCUAGGCUGUGGUUCUGUUUACUUCCUCGAAUGCCUGGUGUGGACACACUUGGUUCACCCACUGUGGGCUCUGUGGGGAGCCCUUCUGGGUGUUGAUUGGGAGGAAAGGGGAGGUGGGGCCCUAUUCACCCAGCCUUCCAUCCUGCCACCUCGUGGCCUGCCCUCAAGCACAGGUGUCAUGUAUUUAAGGCCAAGAUUCUAGCAUUUUCCAGCCAAGGCUUCUGCCAUUUCCUUUUUUUUUUUUUUUAGAUUUAUUAUUUGAAAGAGUUACAGAGAGAGAGAGAGAGCGAGUGAGCGAGGUCUUCCAUCUGAAGGUUCACUCCUCAAUUGGCCCCAACGGCCGGAGCUGCACCAAUCUGAAGCCAGAAUCCAGGAGCUUCUUUGUCUCCCACAGAUGCAGGGGCCCAAGGACUUGGGCCAUCUUCUACUGCUUUCCCAGGCCACAGCAGAGAGCUGGAUUGGAAGUGGAGCAGCCGGGACUCAAACCGGUGCCCAUGUAGGAUGCUGGUGCUUCAGGCCAGGGUGUUAACCUGCUAGGCCACAGCAAUGGCCCCUCCUUUUCUUUUUUUGAAGAUUUAUUUAUUUAUUUGAAAGGCAGAGCUACAGAGAGAGAGAGGUCUUCCAUCUGCUGGUUCACUCCCCAGAGCUGAACUGUGCCAGCUCUGUAGGGAGAAUGAGUUGACUGAGGACAUCUGGGCCAAAGGAUGUGGCUCAUUCAAGCUCACUGUGGUCCCACCCACGUGGUCAGCACCAUUUCAGCAGAAUUGAGGUUGCUCAUUGGAGAUCAUGAGUAUCAGAGGGAGGGGAGAAAAUCAUGGCGGCCGCGGCCGCUCCCUCCUCUCUUGCCCCGGUGUCUGGACCCCGCUUGUGUAGUUGCAGGCUCUCCCCGGCCACUGCCUGCAGUCGUAGUUCUGGAAGGCAUCUUGGAACGCCACCCAGCCCCUGCAGUCUGCCCCUGGUGGGGUCUAGACAAUGUGUGGAGAAGCGAGCUGUAACCCGCUUGACCAGACUCAGCCCUCCCUCCCAUCUCCCGUCUGCCAGAAGCAGCUCUGCUCUGUGGCCGUCUCCCCCAGGCUGCUAACUGGAACGGGGUGGUCGCCUGUAGCCUAUCAGAAGAUUGGAGACCUGGAGCUAUGCGUGUAGUCCUGUGGAAGGCUGACCACGUGAAGUUCUCUUGGAGGCCUCAGACUUUUUUUUUCUUUUUUAAAAGAUUUAUUUAUUUAUUUGAAAGGCAGAGUUAGAGAGAGGCAGAAAGAGAGAGAGGUCUUCCACCGUCUGGUUCACUCCCCAAAUGGCUGCAAUGGCUGGAACUGGGCUGAUCUGAAGCCAGGAGCCAGGAGCUUCUUCCAGGUCACCCACACAGGUGCAGGGGCCCAAAGAGCUCGACCGUCUUCCACUGCUUCCCAAGGUGCAACAGCAGGGAGCAGGAUCAGAAGGGGAGCAGCUGGGGCUGGAACUGGCACCCAUACAGGAUGCUGGCACUGCAGGCAGCGGUGCCUCAGCACCGGCCCCUGAGGCCUCAUAGCUUUUAAAUCAAACCUAAAACAUUCCCAUCACAACUCUUCCCCUUGUCCAUGAGCACCUGCUGGAAAUCCCCACCUCCUGAUGGCUCCUCCCCCCUCCCCUAAGGUGGGCUUAACACAAACAUGCAGAGAUCUGCAGACAGCACAGGUGGGGGGCGGGGUGUGAAGGGCCCAGCCACACAGAGAUGCUGCUCAACCUCCAGUGCCUUCCUCCCUUCCUGGGAAGUCAUCAGGAGCCGCCCUCGGCAUUCACAGUAAAGGCCACGUGCCUUAAGGUGGCCUCUACCGCACGCACCCAUAGGGCUGAAGGGACCAGGGGCCUGAGGAUGUCCCAGGGGUGGCCGGAAGCAGCUGAGGCAGUGGGAGGCACCUGCGCUCACCUCAUGACACCCACUUCUUCCUUCUUCACCCGGCUCUGUAGCCAGCUGAGCUGCAGGCCUCUGCGCACCUGCUUUGUGCCUGUGCGAUUCGGCUCUGCCUGAAAUGCCUUUUCCCUUUUCCUGUGGAAAUGUAACUCUUUGCAAAAGCCCCUCCGGUUCCCUGAGCCAAAAGUCAUCUGCUUUCUGCGCGCCUGUGGCCCUCAGCUCCUUUCUUGCUACCUGCCCACCCCUGCUGGCUGUCACGGUCUGGCUUGUCCUCCCUACCAGCCAGAAGGGUCCUGGGGACGGGACAGUGCCUUCAGCACUCCUUAGCUCUCACCGCCGUACACAGAGUGCUCCCAGAUGUGCAGGGGCCAUAUGGACCACAGGACAGUGUGAGAGGUGGCAGUGGGGGUGGGGCAGGAAGUGCCUUUCCAAGCCCUUGGAGCAAGCUAGGUAACACAUAGAGGCUGGGCAGGCUACCCAGUUUGGGUCGUAAGGCUCUGGCCAAGAGCCAAGGUGGGGAUGGCAGAGACCAUGGAGUGGUCUCAGUGAGCGGUCCCCAGACCAGCAGCACCAACAUCCCUGUGGGGAUAUGUUUGCAAUGUAGGGUGGUGGCCCAGCCCAGGCCCACUGACUUGAAUCAGAGGUGGGGCUCUCUUUUUUAUUUUGAUGCCAAUAAGCUUGGAGAACCACCGCUGGGGAGUUUGCAACCUGGCCCAGCAUAGGAGACCAGGAUGUUGGGGGUGGGAGUAGCACGUGGGCUGUGGAGUCAGACCCCCUCGGUUUGUAGGCCCUCUCACACGUCCCCUGGGACUAAGCAGUGGGCUUCCUCCCAUGAAGGUGUUCACUGGUCCCCUAAGUUACCAUAUGCAUAAGAGUCACUGUUGAUAAUGGGGGCUUCGGAAAGCCCCUAUUCUGACCUCCCAUUUCAGGAAAUCUGAUUUGGCAGGCCAAGGUCAGGAUCUGGAAACUGGAUUGUAAAUUAGCACCCACGUGGUGCUGAUGUGGGUGCCUCAGGGAUCCUCUGAGCAGCAUUGAUGUUAAGGGCUGUAUGUGACCCUCUCCUGUCCUGGACACUCGCCGUGGUGGCUGCAGCUGCACCCGGCUUGCAGAACAGCUGGGGACACUGGUAACGGAGGCAGGGCCUCCGUGGUGGCUUGUUCAGGACUGGUGAGGAUCUGUGCUGCCCCUCUCCCUGGCAGGUGCUGUGAGUGCAGCAGGGCUGCAUACCGAGGUGUGUUUGGCCACGGGGCCAGUGAAAAGUAGGUGACCCCAGACCCUGGUGUGGAGUGCCAGGGCUCCUUGGCCUGCCUUCUUGGCCACGAGGAUAUGGGGGGUAGAGGACACUGUCCUGACUCAAAGAGGCUCAAUUCUGCCCACUCUGGAGCCUGAGCCUCCGGUUUUCCCAGGGCUCCAGGACUUGGGCUUCCUUGGCAACUGGAUGCCUCCCCGGGGUGCUGUCCCCUCAGUCACCACCAGGGGUCUCUGAGCUACCCUGCCGUCCCACAUUAAUCACGGCUCAGCACUGUCUGCCUGAGCUUGGAGCCUGGAGGUGACCCUGGAGCCAGGACUCCAGGCUGCAUGGAGGGGAAAGGGGAGUGGGGUGCCCAUCUCCAGGGCCAGGCCUGUGGUCUUAGCAUUAGCUGGGGGCCAGGCUUCCAGCCCCAAGUGCCAAGCUGCCUCCCUGCCGCCCCUACCUCCAGACAGGCGGACUGAAUGGGGGCCCCUCCUUUGCCUGGCCCUCGCCUGCCGGUCCUUCCUCACUGGCAAUGCUGGGAAACACAGGUCAUAGCUUGGGAAUGCGGCCCUGGGCGGGGGUGAGGGGACAGGAGCUGGGAGAAGGACAUGUGACCCUGUUCAACAACCCCCUCCUCGCUCGUCUGUUUCCAAGCCCCUGCCCUAACUCAGGUACAGAAGGGUGCUGGUUGUGAGGGGUCGCCCAGGGGGAGCAGCCCCUGCUGUCCUCUCUGUUGGCCCUGGAGGGUGGGGCUGAUGGUGAGGGCAGGCAGCCGGCAGGUGCUUUGGCAGGGCCUGUGGGAGGGUUGGGUGCAGGCCUCGUGCCUUGGGGCGAUUGCUGGGGCAGACCCGCCUUGGCAGGUGUGGGGAGGCAGAGGUGGGGUUCUUGGGCCCCUCAGGUUAAGGGGGCAUCCCUGGAAGGAAAGGCCAAGUUCUGACUGCUCUCUGCUUCUCGAAGAAGCUGGGGAGCUGCUGGCCACACGGGCUCCACGCGUGGGUCAGGGAGAGCGUCUCACGCUGCAGCGAGUGUCCCCCCCUCCCCCAACUCGGUCUUCCUGUACGGACAGAGGCCCCCACACCCAGAGUGCAGGCACCAUUGGAGGGCUCUGCUCCUGUCAGGGUCCAGAAGCUGUGAGGAGAGGAAAGGCAGAUCUGGGACCGGGUACGGUGGCUAAAUUCAGCCGGGCUCUGCCCCUCCCCUCUCCUCCCCCUGCACUCCAGGCCCGGCUUCCUGUGGUCUCGCAGGCACCACCUUCCCAGCCGCCAGCCUGCCUGCCUGCCUGCCACCCAGCCCCUCGCUGGCCACCCCUCCCCCUCCCUCGGGCUCCCGGUGCAGGGGGGCCUCCGCUGGGUCAGCCCAGUGGGUCCUCAUCCCCUUUCGGCAGCCCCAUAACCUCCGAUGAGGAGUACCUGAGCCCCCCGGAGGAGUUCCCAGAGCCUGGAGAGACCUGGCCCCGCGCCCCCACCAUGAAGCUCAGUCCCAGCCAGAACCGCCGUGCUUCCGACAGCGGCUGCAAGGCACCCCCCACCUUCAAGGUCUCACUCAUGGACCAGUCAGUGCGAGAAGGCCAGGACGUCGUCAUGAGCAUCCGCGUGCAGGGGGAGCCCAAGCCGGUGGUGUCCUGGCUGAGAAACCGGCAGCCCGUGCGCCCGGACCAGCGGCGCUUCGCGGAGGAGGCCGAGGGCGGGCUGUGCCGGCUGCGGAUCCUGGCCGCCGAGCGGGGCGAUGCUGGCUUCUACACCUGCAAAGCCGUCAACGAGUACGGUGCCCGGCAGUGCGAAGCCCGCCUGGAGGUCCGAGCACACCCUGAAAGCCGGUCCCUGGCCGUGCUGGCCCCCCUGCAGGACGUGGACGUGGGGGCCGGCGAGAUGGCGCUGUUUGAGUGCCUGGUGGCGGGUCCCACCGACGUCGAGGUGGACUGGCUGUGCCGUGGCCGCCUGCUGCAGCCCGCGCUCCUCAAAUGCAAGAUGCAUUUUGACGGCCGCAAGUGCAAGCUGCUGCUCACCUCUGUGCACGAGGACGACAGUGGCGUGUACACCUGCAAACUCAGCACGGCCAAAGAUGAGCUGACCUGCAGCGCCCGGCUGAGCGUGCGGCCCUCCCUGGCGCCCCUGUUCACGCGGCAGCUGGAGGACGUGGAGGUGCUUGAGGGCCGCGCAGCCCGUUUUGACUGCAAGGUCAGCGGCACCCCGCCCCCCACCGUGGCCUGGACUCAUUUUGGCCGCCCCGUGGAGGAGAGCGAGAACGUGCGGCUGCGGCAGGAUGGAGGCCUGCACUCCCUGCACAUCGCCCACGUGGGCAGUGAGGACGAGGGGCUGUAUGCAGUCAGUGCCACCAACACCCACGGCCAGGCCCACAGCUCGGCCCAGCUCUACGUGGAGGAGCCUCGGACGGCAGCCUCAGGCCCCAGCUCGAAGCUGGAGAAGAUGCCGUCCAUCCCGGAGGAGCCGGAGCAGGGCGAGCUGGAGCGGCUGUCCAUCCCCGACUUCUUGCGGCCGCUGCAGGACCUGGAGGUGGGGCUGGCCAAGGAGGCUGUCCUGGAGUGCCAGGUGACUGGCCUGCCCUACCCCACCAUCAGCUGGUUCCACAACGGCCACCGCAUCCAGAGUGGUGAUGACCGGCGCAUGACGCAGUACAGGGACGUGCAUCGCUUGGUGUUCCCGGCCGUGGGGCCGCAGCAUGCCGGAGUCUACAAGAGUGUCAUCGCCAACAAGCUGGGCAAAGCUGCCUGCUAUGCCCACCUGUACGUCACAGAUGUGGUUCCAGGCCCCCCCGAUGGUGCCCCGCAGGUGGUGGCUGUGACCGGGAGGAUGGUCACGCUCAUGUGGAACCCGCCCAGGAGUCUGGACAUGGCCAUCGACCCGGACUCCCUGAUGUACACCGUGCAGCACCAGGUGCUGGGCACCGACCAGUGGACAGUGCUGGCCACGGGCCUGCGGGAGCCAGGGUGGGCGGCCACGGGGCUGCGGAAAGGGGUCCAGCACGUCUUCCGAGUCCUGAGCAUAGCUGGCAAGAGCAGCAGCAAGCCCUCACCGCCCUCGGAGCCCGUGCAGUUACUGGAGCGAGGCCCACCCCUGGAGGAGGCCCCCGCCGUGCUGGACAGACCAGACGUCGUGUAUGUGGUAGAGGGACAGCCUGCCAGUGUCACUGUCACCUUCAACCGUGUGGAGGCCCAGGUCGUCUGGAGGAGCUGCCGAGGGGCCCUCCUGGAGGCCCGGGCAGGGGUGUACGAGCUGAGCCAGCCGGAUGACGACCAGUACUGUCUUCGGAUCUGCCGGGUGAGCCGCCGGGACCUGGGGCCCCUCACCUGCACUGCCCGCAACCGCCACGGCACGCAGGCCUGCUCGGUCACCCUGGAGCUGGCAGAGGCGCCUCGGUUUGAGUCCAUCAUGGAGGAUGUGGAGGUGGGGGCCGGGGAGACGGCCCGCUUUGCCGUGGUGGUCGAGGGGAAACCCCUGCCGGACAUCAUGUGGUACAAGGACGAGGUGCUGCUGGCCGAGAGCAACCAUGUGAGCUUUGUGUACGAGGAGAACGAGUGCUCCCUGGUGGUGCUCAGCACGGGGGCCCAGGACGGGGGUGUGUACACCUGCACGGCCCGGAACCUGGCGGGCGAAGUCUCCUGCAAAGCAGAGCUGACUGUGCAGUCAGCUCAGCCAGCCAUGGAGGUCGAGGGGGUCAGGGAAGACGAGGAGCACCGGGGGCGGAGACUCAGCGACUUCUAUGACAUCCACCAGGAGAUCGGCAGGGGCGCCUUCUCCUAUCUGCGUCGCGUGGUGGAGCGCAGCUCUGGCCUGGAGUUUGCCGCCAAGUUCAUCCCCAGCCAGGCCAAACCCAAGGCGUCAGCCCGGCGCGAGGCCCGGCUGCUGGCCCGGCUCCAACAUGACUGUGUCCUCUACUUCCAUGAAGCCUUCGAGAGGCGCCGGGGACUGGUCAUUGUCACCGAGCUCUGCACAGAGGAGCUGCUGGAGCGAAUGGCCAGGAAACCCACCGUGUGUGAGUCUGAGAUCCGGGCCUAUAUGCGGCAGGUGCUGGAGGGAAUUUGCUACCUGCACCAGAGCCAUGUGCUGCACCUGGAUGUCAAGCCUGAGAACCUGCUGGUGUGGGACGGGGCCGAGGGGGAAGAGCAGGUGCGCAUCUGUGACUUUGGGAACGCCCAGGAGCUGACUCCAGGGGAGCCCCAGUACUGCCACUACGGCACACCUGAGUUCGUGGCACCUGAGAUCGUCAACCAGAGCCCAGUGUCUGGAGUCACAGACAUCUGGCCCGUGGGCGUCGUUGCCUUCCUCUGCCUGACCGGCAUCUCCCCGUUUGUGGGGGAGAACGAUCGCACGACCCUCAUGAACAUCCGGAACUACAACGUGGCCUUCGAGGAGAACACGUUCCUGAGCCUGAGCCGGGAGGCCCGGGCCUUCCUCAUCAAAGUGCUGGUGCAGGACCGGCUACGACCUACCGCGGAAGAGACCCUGGAGCAUCCCUGGUUCAAAACCCAGGCAAAGGGCGCAGAGGUGAGCACGGAUCACCUGAAGCUCUUCCUGUCCCGCCGGCGGUGGCAGCGCUCACAGAUCAGCUACAAGUGCCACCUGGUGCUGCGCCCCAUCCCUGAGCUGCUGCGGGCGCCCCCAGAGCGGGUGUGGGUGGCCAUGCCUCGGAGGCCACUCCCCAGCGGGGGUCUCUCAUCUUCCUCGGACUCUGAAGAGGAGGAGCUGGAAGAACUGCCCUCCGUGCCACGCCCCCUGCAGCCGGAGUUUUCGGGUUCCCGGGUGUCCCUCACCGACAUUCCUACCGAGGAUGAGGCCCUGGGGACCCCAGAGGCUGGGGUAGCUACGGCCACCCCCAUGGACUGGCAAGAGCAAGGAAGGGCUCCCGCUCCUGACGAGGAGGCCUCCAGCCCUCAGGCCCUCCCCUCCCCAGGCCUCGAGCCCCCGGCUGGGACCAGCCCCAGGCGGGGAGAGCUGCGCAGGGGCAGCUCUGCCGAGAGCGCCCUGCCCCGAGCCGGGCCGCGGGAGCUGGGCCGGGGCCUGCACAAGGCGGCGUCUGUGGAGCUGCCGCAGCGCCGCAGCCCCAGCCCGGGGGCCACCCGCCUGGCCCGGGCAGGCCUGGGGGAGGGUGAGUACGCCCAGAGGCUGCAGGCUCUGCGCCAGCGGCUGCUGCGCGGAGGUCCCGAGGGCGGCAAGGUCAGCGGCCUCAGGGGCCCCCUGCUGGAGAGCCUGGGCGGCCGUGCCCGGGACCCCCGAAUGGCGCGAGCCGCCUCCAGCGAAGCAGCGCCCCAGCACCAGCCCCCGCCCGAGACCCGGGGCCUGCAAAAGAGCAGUAGCUUCUCACAGGGGGAGGCGGAGCCCCGGGGUCGGCACCGCCGCGCGGGGGCGCCGCUCGAAAUCCCCGUGGCCAGGCUCGGGGCCCGCAGGCUGCAGGAGUCCCCCUCCCUGUCUGCCCUCAGCGAGGCGCAGCCAUCCAGCCCGGUGCGGCCCAGCACCCCUAAAUCCGGCGCCCCCAAGCCUGCAGAGCCUUCUGCCACCGAGCCCAGUGAUGCGCCCCAGCCCGCCCAGAGGGCCCCAGAGCCCAGGCCCGAAGUAGUCAGGGUCUCCAAGCCCUCGCAGGCCCCCGUGGCCCUGCAAACCCCAGCGCUGCCCCUCACGCCCUAUGCCCAGAUCAUGCAGUCGCUCCAGCUGUCCGGCCACGCUCAGGGCGCCCCGCAGGGCCCUGCCGCGCCUCCGGCCGAGCCGAAGCCCCACGAGGCCGUGUUCGCCAGGGUGGCCUCCCCGCCCCCGGGAGCCCUCGAGAAGCGCGUGCCUUCCGCCGGGCCUCCCUCGGCGCUCAUCGAGAAAGCGCCGGUCCCCACGGUGCCGCCCAGACCAGGCAGCAGCCUCAGCGGGAGCAUCGAGAACGUAGAAUCAGAGGCCGUGUUCGAGGCCAAGUUCAAGCGCAGCCGCGAGUCGCCCCUGUCGCGGGGGCUGCGGCUGCUGAGCCGCUCGCGCUCAGAGGAGCGCGGCCCCUUCCGCGGUGGCGAGGAGGAAGACGGCAUAUACCGGCCCAGCCCAGCGGGCACCCCGCUGGAGCUGGUGCGACGGUCCGAGCGCUCGCGCUCCGUGCAGGACCUCAGGGCUGUCGGGGAGCCUGGCCUCGUGCGCCGCCUCUCGCUGUCUCUGUCCCAGCGGCUGCGGCGGACCCCGCCCGCGCAGCGCCACCCGGCCUGGGAGGCGCGCGGCGGGGACGGGGAGAGCUCGGAGGGCGGCAGCUCGGCGCGGGGCUCCCCGGUGCUGGCGGUGCGCAGGAGGCUCAGCUCCACGCUGGAGCGGCUGUCCAGCCGGUUGCAGCGCAGCGGCAGCAGCGAGGACUCGGGCAGCGCAUCUGGCCGCAGCACGCCACUGUUCGGACGGCUGCGUAGGGCCACGUCCGAGGGCGAGAGUCUGCGGCGCUUCGGGCUCCCGCACAACCAGCUGGCUGCUCAGGCCGGGGCCGCCACUCCCUCGGCAGAGUCUCUGGGCUCCGAGGCCAGCGCCACGUCGGGCUCCUCAGCUCCAGGGGAAAGCCGCAGCAGGCGCCGCUGGGGUCUCUCGCGGCUGAAGAAGGACAAGGGUUUAUCACAGCCAAACCUGACUGCCAGCGUCCAGGAGGACUUGGGUCACCCGUAUGUGCGUAGUGAGUCAGACUUCCCCCCAGUCUUCCACAUCAAACUCAAGGACCAGGUGCUGCUGGAGGGAGAGGCAGCCACCCUGCUCUGCCUGCCCGCGGCCUGCCCUGCACCCCGCAUCUCCUGGAUGAAAGACAAGCAGUCUCUGCACUCAGAGCCCUCAGUGGUUAUCGUGUCCUGCAAAGACGGGCGGCAGCUGCUAAGCAUCCCCCGGGCAGGCAAGCGCCAUGCCGGCCUCUACGAGUGCUCAGCCACCAACGUCCUAGGCAGCAUCACCAGCUCCUGCACCAUCGCCGUGGCCCGUGUCCCAGGGAAGCUGGCUCCUCCAGAGGUGCCCCAGACCUACCAGGACACGGCGCUGGUGCUGUGGAAGCCAGGAGACAGCCGGGCCCCUUGCACGUACACACUGGAGCGGCGGGUGGAUGGGGAGUCUGCUUGGCACCCCGUGAGCUCAGGCAUCCCCGACUGUUACUACAACGUGACACACCUGCCCGUCGGCAUGACCGUGAGGUUCCGGGUGGCCUGUGCCAACCGUGCCGGCCAGGGGCCCUUCAGCAACCCUUCCGAGAGGGUCCUCGUCAGGGGCACUCAAGAGUCUCCAGCUCUGCCGUCUGCUGUCCACCAAGACGCCCCUGUUACCUCAGGGCCAGCCAGGGCCCCGCCUUCUGACUCUCCUACCUCACUGGCCCCUACCCCAGUGCCCCCGUCAGUCACUCUCAGCCCCCCAUCUGCGCCCACCUCUCCCAACCAGACCUUGUCCUCACUCAAGGCUGUGGGUCCACCACCCCAAACCCCCCCACGAAAGCACAGGGGCCUGCAGGCCACCCGGCAAGCAGAGCCCACUCCAUCUAGCACCCAGGUCACCCCAAGUGAGCCCAAGCCUUCAGUCCCUGACGCUGGGAGCCCGACCCCAGCCCCCACCCCUCAAGGGGCUAAACCAGCGUCUUCCCGUACUCCGCUCUAUAUGGUCACUUCCUUUGUGUCUGCACCCCCAGCCCCUGAGCCCCCAGCCCCUGAGCCCCCUCCUGAGCCCAUCAAGGUGACCGUGCGGAGCCUCAGCCCAGCCAAGGAGGUGGUGGGCUCCCCGGGGGGCGGUCCUCCCAGCUCUCCCAGGCCCGAGGGCACCGCUCUCCGACAGGGCCUCCCCCAGAAGCCCUACACCUUUCUGGAGGAGAAGGCCAGGGGUCGCUUUGGUGUGGUGCGGGCGUGCCGGGAGAAUGCCACAGGCCGAACAUUCGUGGCCAAGAUCGUGCCCUACGCGGCUGAGGGCAAGCGGCGGGUCCUGCAGGAGUACGAAGUGCUGCGGACGCUGCACCACGAGCGACUCAUGGCCCUGCACGAGGCCUACAUCACCCCUCGCUACCUCGUGCUCAUCGCAGAGAGCUGCGGCAACCGGGAGCUCCUCUGUGGCCUCAGUGACAGGUUCCGGUAUUCAGAAGAUGACGUGGCCACCUACGUGGUACAGCUGCUGCAAGGCCUGGACUACCUCCAUGGCCGUCACGUGCUGCACCUGGACAUCAAGCCAGACAACCUGCUGCUGGCCCCUGACAACGCCCUCAAGAUUGUGGACUUCGGCAGUGCCCAGCCCUACAACCCCCAGGCCCUACGCCCCCUUGGCCACCGCACCGGCACGCUGGAGUUCAUGGCUCCUGAGAUGGUGAAGGGAGAUCCCAUCGGCUCUGCGACGGACAUCUGGGGAGCAGGUGUGCUCACCUACAUCAUGCUCAGUGGACACUCCCCCUUCUAUGAGCCAGACCCCCAGGAAACAGAGGCUCGGAUUGUGGGGGGCCGCUUUGAUGCCUUCCAGCUGUACCCCAACACAUCCCAGAGCGCCACCCUCUUCUUGCGCAAGGUCCUCUCAGUACAUCCCUGGAGCCGGCCCUCCCUGCAGGACUGCCUGGCCCACCCGUGGCUGCAGGACGCCUACCUGAUGAAGCUGCGCCGCCAGACGCUCACGUUCACCACCAACCGCCUCAAGGAAUUCCUGGGCGAGCAGCGGCGCCGCCGGGCCGAGGCCGCCACCCGCCACAAGGUGCUGCUCCGAUCCUACCCUGGCAGCCCCUAGCGAGGGAGCGAGCGAGCAAGAGGCACGGACCACAGCCCAGCCUGGGGCUCCCACUCGGGCUUCCCCACCCACGCCGCGGGACAUUCCAGGGCCCACGCUGAGCCGGAAUACCACCAGCAGCAGCCUCUGGCCAGGCUAUUACCUCACGGACCUGCACCUGCGGGGACAGAGGCCCCCGGGGCUGUGGCCUGAUGCCACCCCUGGCCAGAGCCACAGCAGGAGACCCACUGGCCAGGCUGGGCAGGGGAGGGAACAGGAAGAGGGGCAAGAAGGGAAUGGAAGGUAAAGAGGAAAAGACAUGGAGGGGGAGGGAGGGAGACUCCAGGGGUGGAGGGGUAGGCGGUGCAUCUCAGGGAGAAGCAGGGAGGGCGGGCGAGGCUGGAGAGGAGCAAGAGGAGGGGGCCCAGGUAUCAGGGCAGCGAGUAUGGGUGGGCAGGACACAGAGAUGGUGCCAGGAAGCCAGAGCCAGGAUGUGAGAGAGGAUGGGAAGGUGGGCGAGGAGAGGGCCCUCGGGUAGGGGCAGGGUGGGCCAGCUGCAGGCAUCCCCGAAAGUGAAGACACAGAGGGCUGCGGCAAGUGGCCCCUCCACCUGGAUCUCUCGUCCUGGGCCGUGGAUGCAGCUUUGGGCACCCUGCCGGCCUGAGGACGUCCCCACCACCCCUCCAUGGCCUUUGCCCUUCUUCCCAUUCGUAUUUAUUUAUUUAUUGACUUUCAUGAAGUUCUCCCUUCCAUCCAACCCCAGUGGCCCGUGUUGUCCUGCCCUUCCUCCCCCUGCCCUGCCCCCGCCGCCAUCCAGCUGUCUCUGCAGCUCUCUGUCUGUCUGUCACAAGGAGAAUAAAAACAGCAAGCCGCA